GAGGGAUCAUUGUAUACAAUUAAGUCACGUGGCCACCUGGGAUUUCCACACACACACACAAAAAAAAAAACACAAAAAAAAACAUUUUCAUUAUCCACACACCUUGCUAAAUAACCCACAUUUUAUCAAACCGAAAUUACUACAGAUGUCCUUUAUGAACAUCGUCAGCCGUUCCCCAGACAGUACAUUGGUAGCUGUUUAAUUACAUGCUGUACAUACAAAUUCCUUGUUAAUUAUAGAGAUAUUUUCUCUGCUCUUCCUUGGUUCAUUCCCAUGUGAACAGGUGUUCUAACGGUAACCAUUCUCAGCCAGGGACUGCUGAUUAAAAGUCCACAACUGGAACGUAGUUAGCAGAGUGAAGUCUGAUUGUUCGGAAUGAAACUAGUGUUUCUGGUAGCAGCGCUGACGUCCGUGGUGUGGACACAAGUACCAACAGGAUGUAGAUCCAAACUGGACAUCGUUUUUCUACUGGACGCCUCUUACAGUGAAGGACGCACCAAUUUCAACAAACAGCUGAAAUUUGUGGAAAAUUUCGCUAACCAAUUUAAUAUAGGACCUGACGCGACGCAGCUCAGUGUUGUCACUUUUGCUACGACAGUGCACAAUGAAUUCUACUUGAAUGCACAUCCAGCUAAACCAAGCUUGAUCAGUGCCAUCCAGGGAGUUUCCUAUAGACCCGGCGCUACCUACACCGACAAGGCCCUCAGUUUUGCAGAAACCGUUUCAUUCUUACCACAACAUGGAGGAAGAGCUGAUGCAGAAAAAAUUGUCAUCGUACUUACCGAUGGACAAUCAUCAAACCAUGCACACACUGUAUCCCAAGCCACGCAGUUGCACGGCUCUGGCGCAGAGGUCAUUGCUGUUGGUAUUGGAGACGGUGUAUCUAACUCCGAGUUGGAGUCAAUUGCUAGCGAUACAGCACACGUAUUCCAGGUGCAAGACUUUGAUCUGCUCCACACCAUUCAAAAUCAACUCACCAAUGCGGCAUGUCAGCAGGCGGCCUUACAUUGUCAAUCAGCAGUGGCGGACAUCGUGUUUGCCAUAGAUUCCUCGUCAAGUAUCUCAAGUACAGAUUUUUCAAAGCAAAUGUCAUUUGUCAAAAACCUUGUAAGACAAUACAACGUGGGAUCAAACGAAACACAAUUUAGUGUAGUGUCUUUUGCCUCAAGUAUCCAUCCAGAAUUUAAUCUGAACAAAUACCAAUCUAAAACCCAAGUUCUAGGAGCUAUAUCUAGUAUUACACACCACUUCGGUAGCACACACACAGGAGAAGCUUUGGAUUUCAUUGCCAACAAUAGCUUUACAUCCGCCAACGGGGGUAGAUCAGGAGUAGACAAAUGGGUGGUCGUCCUCACAGAUGGGGCAUCUACUAGACCCACCAAAACUAUAGCUGCUGCUGACAGACUUCAUAAGAUGGGAAUAGAGGUGAUUUCCAUUGGUGUAGGAAGUGGAGCCAAUAAAGCUGAGCUAGAGGCGAUUGCUACAGACCCGCAACAUGUUUACAGGGUAGAUGACUUCAACGGUCUGCAGGCACUGAUGACGAACAUUGAAUCCUCCACAUGUGGAUAUAAUGUUUGCCAUGGAAGCAAAGCAGACGUCGUGUUCCUCUUGGAUUCUUCCGCCAGUGAGGGCGCCGUCAAUUUCGAGCACCAACUCGACUUUGUUAAAAAUUUCACAGAUAAGUUUGACAUUGGACCUGAUGCUGUUCAGAUCGGUUUAGCAACAUUCUCCACUAAACCACAUGGGCAUUUCUGGCUCGACACAUACCAAAACAAGACGGACCUUAUCAACGCUACCGGGUAUGUUCCCUACAUUCCUGGAAGCACAUACACUGAUCUGGGUCUGCAGUUCGCUUUGAAUGAAAGUUUUAGCACUGGAAAUGGAGCUCGAGAUGGAAGUGUUCCAAAAAUAUUGAUAGUGUUGACAGAUGGCCAGUCGACUGAUCCAAUGGCGACAGCCUUAAUGGCCGACAAACUUCACAGAGAUGGCAUCAAGGUCAUCACCAUAGGAAUAGGCCAGGGCGUGCGCACAUCGGAGCUGACUGUUAUUGCUACUGACAAAAACCACAUGUUCACCGCUACUGACUUCAGUUCUCUUGCUACUUUACAAAAGGACUUACAACUGGAAACAUGUAGAAAUGAAAAACCAAAUACAGAGUGUGGCGACAAGGCAGCGGAUAUUGUUUUCAUUCUGGAUGCUUCAGGAAGUGAGGGCAUUGACAAUUUCAAGAAAGAACUGAAUUUUACAGCUGACUUUAUGAAGGGAUUUCAGAUUGGUCCACAACACGUUCAGUUUGGUCUGGUGACAUUUUCGAAUUAUGCCAGAAGUGAGUUUUACUUCAACACUUACCACGAUCUGCAGUCCAUUUUACACAAGCUGGAUACCAUUCGUUACUCUGGAGGAUCUACACAUACCGAUUCUGGUCUGUCCAGUGCUAAAUUCCAUUUCUACUCACACCACGGCGCCAGGCCUAAUGCUCAAAAAAUAGCUAUUGUAUUGACGGAUGGCAUGUCGUACUCCACCUCUAGGACAAUUGAUAAGGCCAACCAACUGAAAAAUAUGGGUGUUAAAGUAAUUUCAGUUGGUAUAGGUAAUAGUGUCAGCAAGGUAGAGCUAAACGGAAUUGCCACUGACUUACAACACGUGUUUACUGUCACAAACUUUGACGUCCUGAAAUCAAUACAAUACGAGAUCAAAACAGCUGCCUGUGCCAUUCCCAAUCCGCCAGUAAUUGACCCAGAGUGUGGAUCCGGGUUGUCGGACAUUGUCUUCCUUCUGGAUUCCUCAGGAAGCGAGACCAAAUCAAACUUCAAUAAAAUGCUAACGUUUGUUCAGAACUUCACCAAACAGUUUGAUAUCGGUCCGAACAACGCACAAGUAGGCGUGGCCACAUUUUCUACUAAUGUUCAUGAGAGAAUUAAACUCAACCAAUACAGCGACAAGACGGCUUUGUUGGCCGCUAUUUCUGGUAUUUAUUACGACCACGGAGCCACAUACACGGACGAAGCUUUACAGUAUGCUCGUACGGACGCCUUCCUGCCGUCGCACGGUGGGAGGGCAAAUGCCAGCAGGAUCGUUGUCGUCAUGACAGAUGGGCAAUCCAUGAGCCAUACGAAAACUCAGCAAGAAGCCACAUCUCUGAAAUCCCAACCAAAUAUGAAAGUAAUCGCCAUAGGAAUUGGAUCCGGUGUCAACUCACAAGAAUUAAACAGCAUUGCCAGUGACCCGCAACAUGUCUUCACCGUUGCUAACUUCGACGUCCUCAACAAACUGAAUUCAGAGCUUACGUUCACUUCAUGUCAAACUUGUGGAUUCAUCCAGACAGCCGACAUCAUCUUUGCACUGGAUUCUUCGAGCAGUGAAGGUCCACUCAACUUCCAAAAGCAAAUCGAUUUCGUGCAAACAUUUGUCAGAGAUCUUCCCGUUGGUCCCAAUAACGUACAGUUUAGCGUUCUGUCGUAUGGUUCUUCUGUUCAAAACAACUUUUACCUAAACCAAUACUCUGCCAAACGGCCCAUUCUAGAUGCUGUUCAGAAGACAGAUAAUGUCGGGGGAAGCACUCAGACUGGCGAGGCCUUGAAGUACAUCAGGGAACACAACAUGCUGGCCACGAACGGUGCACGUUCGAAUUCCUCACUCUUUGUAAUUGUACUCACGGACGGAGCAUCAACAGAUAAAGCCGUCACCCUGCAGGAAGCAAACUUGCUGAAAGCCUCCGGCGCCACUGUCGUUGCUAUUGGCGUUGGGUCAAAUGUAGACAGGACAGAACUGAACGCCAUAGCCUCAGAUCCCAACCAUGUUUUCGCAGCCCAGAACUUUGAUGCUUUACAGACUAUAAAAGAGGAUGUGAAGAAAGCGGCGUGUGAUGGUGUCAAUACGACCGUGGCAGCACUGGCUUCUACAACACCCCUAGUUAUAGGUGACUACUCUAAUCUCCAGGGAUCUAUGAUUGGAUCACUUAACCACAAUUUGGGUAUAUCUACUAGAGAACUUUCCAAAGACAAAUCUAUGGAUCUCCGUAUCCACUAUUCCUGUUGGUUCUCAAAGGACCUGUCGCCGGAUGUACCCUUCGGACGACUUCUUUGCUUUGAAAGAACAAGAGCCUCCAGUAAGCAAUCACUAACACGACAAAUUAGAGAUAUUUUCAAAGUGUUGGUUCCCAUCCUGAAAAACCAAAGCACAACAAUAAUCACCCCUCUACUGGCUACAGGAAACCAGCGUUCGGACAAGGGAACAGUACUACAAGCGACUGUACUGGGUGCAAUAAGCUGGAUCCAGGCAGGACUUCCGCUAAAAAAGCUAAAAAUAGUGCUAUAUGGAGCCCAGAACAAGGAUCUAAACAAAUGUUUCUCUAGUUUAAAAGAGAAACAUAUCAAAACGCAAAGAAAGGAGAAUAGAUAUAUUCCAUCAUAUGACAUAUUUUUUGUCUAUCAAUCGACCGAUUCGACGAUAGUGAAAGCCUUGACAAAGAAACUUCUGGCCAGGAAAUCUGAUUUAAUCAUACACUCUACCGCCUCGAAGUUUGACGAUAAGACUGUAUGGCAACAAGGGAUCUUUGAUCUUAUGAUGGGCAGCAAAAGGAUUGUUCCAGUGCUAACCCCAAACUUUGUCGGAAAUGACGAUUGUCUGGAAACAUUCAACAUGGCGAUUUGUUGCACACGCCUCCGCGGAAAUGACGUCCUUAUCCCUUUAUACCUAGAAAGUAUUCAGAUUAUCCCCGUUAGCAUUGUUUUGGUCCAAUACUCAGACUGCAGAGUAAGGAAAGAAGGCGAGACAGCGGAAAUGAAAAUGGAUGUUGCGUGUGCUCGAUUGUUGCAGACGGACACACAAAAGGAAGAUGUUACUGAAAAAGAAAGCAAUAUGAGUCAUGACGUUUUCAUAUCUUACGCUCACAAAAACCCCAACGAAGCACAUCUAUUGUUAGAAGAGUUCGAAAAGCAGCAUCCAAAUCUAGAAGUCUUCUUUGACAGACAAGAUUUACAUGUCGGUGGAAUGUGGCAGAAGAGUCUGUAUUACUCCUUGGACUCCGUAAAAUGCGUCAUAGCCCUUGUUUCCCGUGCAUAUCUAUCGUCAGUGGUUUGUCAAGAAGAAUUCAAUAUCGCAAUGUACAGAUGUCAUCAGACUGUGAACGUAGCACAUUGGGUUUUUGAGAAGAAGAGACCGUCCUAUCUGCGAAGAACGUCUACAGUUUCUCAAUUCUUUGCCUUCAGUGAAGUGUCUGAAGCUAGGAAAAAAGACGUGUGUGACACUUACACGAUCAGAUUAAACAGCAUGCAGAGAAAAGUUCCUUUUCCAAUAAAACCUCUGGACUCGUCUUUGUGUCACGUAGUAGUUAGUGCCAGUCAAAAUGACCUAAACUUAGCAACAUGUCUGCUCCACCAACUACAGAAAAUCAGCCCAGACAUCAAGAUUGUUCUGAUGACCGACUACACAGGAAUCAACUUGAAGUGUCUUCAGACAGCUGAGAAGAUCGUGGUCUUCCUGUCUAAACAAUAUCUGGAUUCGGAUCAUCACCUGGAGGAACUCUUCGUCUCCAUUAUCCGCCAGCGGAACGAUAAAGAGAGACAGAUCUUGCACGUCUGUCAGACCACCGACCUGGGGGGAAACCCGGCAUUUGCACAUUUAUUACCGAUAAGCGUAUGUUUAGAAGAUAAAUUUUGGGACAGUCUCUUCAAAGAAUCAACUAAAACAAUAACAUUGGACUUAACUGAGUUAAAAGGAUCAUUCUCCUACAGAUCCAAGCAUUUUGCAGCAAUGACCAAACUUGCAGACGACCUGUUGUUAGAAUUAACAGGUCAAACUGCAGUAAAACCAUCACCAAUCAUCAAACCUGCGGGGAAGAAAAAUAUGGGUGUCGUUCGAGAAAUCACAAAGGUGAAAUUUUGCUCUUUCUUAGAAGUAUACAAGUACAUGCUGGUAUAUUCAAAAUUCUAAUUCCCGCGAGGAGGC